GCUUCACGCAAAGCCAUCAUCAUGUUACGGCGGUUCACUCCAUACAUGGUCGCAGGUUUAACAGGCGUCGCUUCGGGGGUUUACGUAUUCAAACCUCUUUUCGAAGAAGCUACUGCGAACCGAAACCCAGCCUCUCCUGUGAACAUGUCAACAACAUCACCCGAGGUGCUAGGGAAAUCCCCUGCAUCUUCGCCGUCGCCGCAUUCUUCGGCAAAGUGACAUUACACUGCGCUAGCACAAUAUGGAAUAACGUGCAGCAGGGUAUGCGCCCCUGAAAGCGUGCCCACGCGCUCUCUAAUCAAUCAGACAGGUGUGCCAGUUAUGGUCACCGCGGAGAACGGCGGCCGUACGAUCGCCUUGUGCCCAGAAAAGGGGUGUAGACAGUCUAUGAGACAUUUUCAUGUAUUGUCUUUGACGAUUAGUAACGCGUGAGCUUCGCUGAGCUCCAUUGACAUGCGCU